AUACCGCCGUUCACGUCACUUCUGGUUCGGUCCAAUAUGGCGCCUACAGCGUCCAUCGUCCUGCUCUUUGCUGAGUGCUGCUGAGGAAGAGACUCCCUGGGGAGGCUACGUGACGUCUGCUGCGCGACCCGCUGACGUCACAUGCACAGAAGGAGAGGGGAGGGGCAGUGAGUUUUGGAAUCGGUUUGACAUCUUGCUGUGUUAACAACAACAAAGCCUGGGAAGGCAUGGGGCUGACGUGAACGGUGAUAGAGUGCGAAGUUCCCUGUGGAAAAACAUUGCUCUCACUUUUGUGGGGCAAGAGAUUUGGAGUGAUGGAAGACGAGCAAGCGCGUUACAGUCGGAGACUGAGACACACGCUCCGUAGAAAAUAUGAAGAUGAUGGCAUUUCAGAUGAGGAAAUUGAGGGCAAGAGAACAUUUGACUUAGAGGAGAAGCUGCGCAGCCCCAAGUACAACUCUAACUUCAUCAUCUACAUGGAUGGCAAAGACUUUAACAUGCGAUACAUUCAGAAGUGUGGACUCAGGGACCCACUUAUAUUCAAAAGCUCUGAAGGGCUCGGCAUCAGAAUGCCAGACCCCAACUUCAGUGUAAAUGAUGUCAAGUUAUUUGUAGGAAGCAAGCGUAUUGUGGAUGUUAUGGACGUUGGCACCCAAAAAGGAAUAGAGAUGACCAUGGCACAGUGGGCAAAAUACUAUGAAACGCCUGAUGAAGAGAGAGAGAAACUGUACAAUGUCAUAAGCCUUGAGUUCAGCCAUACCAAGCUGGAAAACUUGGUUCAAAGGCCAGCCACGGUAGAUCAAAUAGAUUGGGUUGAUAACAUCUGGCCCAGACACUUAAAAGAGCGGCAGACGGAAUCCACAAACUCCAUACAGGAAAUGCAGUACCCCAAAGUACAGAAGUACUGCCUUAUGAGUGUAAGGGGCUGUUACACUGAUUUCCAUGUAGACUUUGGAGGUACUUCUGUAUGGUACCACAUCCUGCGAGGAGGCAAGGUCUUCUGGCUGAUACCACCUACGGACCAGAAUCUGGAAAUGUAUGAGAAUUGGCUGCUUUCUGGGAAGCAAGGGGACAUCUUUCUUGGGGACAGAGUAACAGACUGUCAGCGUGUUGAACUAAAGCAAGGCUACACAUUUGUUAUCCCUUCAGGGUGGAUCCAUGCUGUGUACACUCCUCAGGAUACUUUAGUUUUCGGUGGGAACUUCCUACAUAGUUUCAAUAUCCCAAUGCAACUUCGUAUCUAUAGCAUUGAAGAUAGAACACGGGUUCCCACAAAGUUCCGAUACCCAUUUUAUUAUGAGAUGUGCUGGUACGUAUUGGAACGAUAUGUUUACUGUAUGACCAGAAGAUCUCAUCUCACCAAGGACUACCAGAGGGAGUCGUUAAGUAUAGAUUUGGAGCUAAAUGGUCGAAGAAGACCAGAAACGCCAUCAUCCUCUUCGUCUUCGUCUUCAUCUUCAAAUUCUUCUUCGCCCUCCUCAUCAGAGUAUGAUGACUCAUCAGAUCAGGACUGGGAAGAAGAAGAAGGCUUGAGUAAAAAAGAGAAAGAAAAGAGAAGGGUAGAGCGAGACUUACAGCGGCGGAGAGAACGUGAGCGACGGCAGAGGGAAAGAUCUCGGCAGCGGCAUGAGGAGAGGCUACUCAUGUCCAGGAUUCCUUCUGUGCACAGGCCUCUUACACCACCACCAUCUUUGUCUACUCCACCCUCACCUCCAAAUGCACCACACUGUUUGACAUGGUUUGAGAUUGAAGGUUUACAUUGUCUUGUCAAGAAGCUUGAGUCUCUUCCUCUACACAAGAAGUGCCUUCCUGAUGGCAUUCAUGACCCGGACGCUCUAAUCGCUGACAUCACGAAGCUUCUGGAGGAACACGCGCAUGACCCACCUGAACUUGCUCUCACCGGAGUCCCCAUUGUUCAGUGGCCCAAGAGGCAGCAGUAUAAAGUUCACCUCCGGCCCAAGAUCCAGUUCACCAAACCUCACACCAUGCGCCCCGCAGCCCGUCACGCCACAUCAGCCCCUCGACCGGUGGCCAACAUCUCUGGACAAACCGCCUCCUCUGGCGCAAGGAGGCGACGAGUAAGGUGCCGGAAAUGUCAAGCAUGUCUCCAGAGAGAGUGUGGGACUUGCCACUAUUGCAAGGACAUGAAGAAGUUUGGAGGUCCAGGCAGGAUGAAGCAGUCAUGCAUGCAAAGGCAGUGCCUUGCGCCCAGACUGCCCCACUCAGUCACCUGUGCCAUAUGUGGAGAGGUGGAUCAGACCAGUGACUCCCAGGACUUUGAAAAGAAGCUCAUGGAAUGUUCGGUGUGCAAUGAGAUUGUCCAUCCUGGGUGCCUAGAGAUGGAUGGCGAAGGCUUGCUGAGUGACGAGCUUCCCAACUACUGGGAAUGCCCCAAAUGUAAUGAACAGAAGAAGCACACGGUGAGCACAGAUCAGGAAAAAGUCUUGCUGCACAAUAAACGAAAAGCUCUAGAUAACUGUGAUCUGGACCCCCACUUAUCAGCCAAAGUUUUACGGCCUCCUUUGGGGCAGAGUCCUCCAUCACCGCCACUUCUCCUUCUGCCUCCUUCCCCAACGUCUGGUCCCCCAACACCGCCAGCAACCACACCACAGGCAACCCAUGCCAGCAGAGAAGAAAGAGCUAAGAGACGUCAACUAACCCGAGAAAAAGAAAACCAUCCCAGUGGACAGUCAGAGGCUGAUCGUAUUUGGCAUCGGGGCUCCUACCUCACCGUUACCCUCCAGAGACCCCCAAAAGAGCUCAGUUCCUCUUCUAUUGUCCCCAAACUGCAAGCCAUUACACCAUAUCCCCGCCAUUCUCUUCGCCCACCUCCUCCCCAGCCACCAAAUGAGGAUGAAGAUGAGGAGGAUGAUGAGGAUGACUAUGAGGAUGAUGAUGAUGAAGAUGAAGCUGAGAAUGGACUGAUAGCUGGGCAGCGAAAAGAUGAUCUGUCCAUGCAAAAGGAUGUGUGGUUGUCUGUCUUCCAGUACCUAACGCGAAAAGAGCUAUGUGUUUGUAUGAGAGUCUGCAAGGCCUGGUACAAAUGGGGUUGUGAUAAGCGCCUUUGGUCCAGGAUUGAUAUGAGUCGCUGCAAGUCUCUGAUGCCACAGGCACUAAGUGGCAUCAUUAAAAGGCAGCCUGUGCAGCUUGACCUCAGUUGGACAAAUGUUUCUAAGAAACAGCUCAUGUGGUUGGUGAACAGGUUGCCAGGGUUGAAAGAACUUAUCCUUGCUGGUUGCUCAUGGUCUGCAGUCUCUGCUCUCAGCAGCUCCAGCUGUCCGCUCCUCAGAACGCUGGAUUUACGCUGGGGUGUGGGAAUCAAAGAUUCACAGAUAAGAGAUCUGCUCACACCACCCUCUGAGAAGCCAGGACUCGACUCUCGCAGCAAGCUCCGCUUCUUGACAGAUCUGCGGCUUUCUGGCCUGGACAUUUCCGAUGUCACGCUACGGCUCAUCAUACGGCAUUGUCCUCUCUUGUCUAAGCUAGACCUCAGCCACUGCCCAUUGUUGACGGAUCAGUCUGUCAACCUACUUACAGCUGUUGGAUCAUCUACACGGGUUUCUCUCUCACACAUCCACUUAGCAGGUUGUAAAGGAGUAACUGAUGAGUCCUUAUUGUACUUGCGGCGAGCCUCCAACCUGACUCUUAUUGAUCUUCGAGGUUGCAAACAAGUGACACGGGGAGCAUGUGAGGGGUUCAUCUCGGACCUGUCUGUGAGCACCUUGUACUGUCUGUCAGAUGAAAACCUUAUCCAAAGGAUUAGCUAGGACUAGGUGUGUGCUAGAGUUUUGGUGCAGGGAGAUACCAUGCUGUUGGAGGAUGCACAAUAUCAAACCACCACCUCCUCGUUGGGUCUCUCCAGCCCCCUAAUCUCCCUCUCAUCCUGACUCAAACAAGGAGCAAUAAUUGGCGAUUUAAGAUCCACUCUCAUAUGCCUGUGGUGGGGCAAUCGCUUGGUGCAAAGAAGUGGGCUAUAUCUGAAACGGGUAUUAAAACGGCUUUGGAAGCCUUGAUGGUUUCGGUCACUUCUAGGGCUGAAUUCAAGACGUCUAGGACCGGAUCUCCAUUGUCACAGAGCAAAGAGACUUUUUUUUUUUGUUUUUUUGAAAAAAAAUAAAUAAAUAUUAUUAUUUUUUUGCCUCCUUAGCACAGGAUAGCUCUCCACCAGACAGGUUAAUGGAGAACCCACUGAGGAGUGAGCGGGCAGCUCAGACUUUUGUUUUUCUCCAUCUGGUUUUUGACCAUAUUUUUCUUUUAACAUUUGACCCCCUGUUAAGCAUUAAAACUGUGAGAGAGGUUUAUUUCUGUGGGUGCUUGGGUUGUGAAUAGGAGAGAGGGCAGGCUGCUUCUUGGUAAAUAGUAAGAGGUAAUAUUAUAUAUUUUUCUUUUUUAACUUAAGAGUUUGGUUUGUUGCUUUCUUUUUUUUUUUUUUUUUUUUUUUUUGUGCCCAAUUCCUCUCUCUAGAGAACUUAGAUGCAGAAGUGCACUCAUGAUUGCAUUAGUUCUACACACACUGGGCAGCCAUUUGUGCAUAUAUAGAGAAAUAUAUAUAAAUAUAUACAGAAGCUGGUGUGCGCAUACACAUUGAGCAAGUAUGCGCCGGCGACUCCCUUUCCCAGCCUGGGACUAGGUUGUAUAAAAGAGCCUGGAUAAUAUUUUUCUGUGUGGGAGCGGUCUCGCUUUCCCUUUGUUUCUUUUGCAAUAAAAAAAAAAAAAGUCUUAAA